AUGAACGGUCAUCCCAAGUGCUUGUUUCCACCCAAAUUCCUAUUCCGCGUCUCCCUUCUAGUCCUCUGUCUCCGCCUCUCAGCUUCCCAUUGGUCCGCUCUCGCAUUCACAGAGGAUCAAGGAGACUGGGACGACGAGACGCUGGAGCACCAUUCCAAGUCCUUUGACUUGGACGCUCACCUCGCCAAGAACGAGCAUGGCCACCCGGGUGUCGUUCUGGAGGACGCUGAGGAGCAGAAUGAGACUGGGGGACAUCACCGUUACGAGGCAAUGCACAUGGUGGAUGACUCCGGGGCUCUGCUGCACAUCAAGUACAACGUGCGCACCGUGGCACACCUGGUCAACCUGGCGCAGCAUGCUGACGUCAUCUCGAGCGUCAGGUGCUUGGGCGGCCAACUCCACCUCAGUGUGUCCAACCGGGCACACCUGCCAGGCUGGCGCGUGGGCACAACUCUGGUCGGAGGACUCGAGUGGAACUGCACCGACCAAGAGGGAGCGCCGGCUCCCAUCUACCGAAAGCUGAUCCAGACCGUCGAUGGUGUAGAGGAAGGAACGGUCAUCUUAGAAACACAGGAGAGGGAGCUGCACCAUUGCUUCCGUGGCGCAAAAGUGUCUUUCAGGUACACGCCGUCCUCUGCUUCCAGCCCUGCAAAGGGGCUCACCCGGGCACGUCGAAAGCUGCUCGGAUUAGUGAAAGUGGUGGGGCAAGUUUAUGACGGCGUAGAGCACACCAUCACGAAAGUCGGGGAUGGUGCAGCUACGGCGAUAGACGUAAUGACUCAACUUCUUGCAAACGGCAAAUACGAGUGGCACGGGGAUUCGAAUUGGAGAAUCUUCGCGUUCAAUUUCGACGAGACCGAGCAGCGGGCGCUUCUGAAAAGAGACCAGCUGAAUCCCGCGAGCGCGGCCAGCAACGACAACGCAAAACUUCGGGCUUCGGUUGAGUGCGUGAAUUGCUUCGCAACCCUAGAGGCCGGGGUCAGCUUCGAUAUGGUGCUGAAAACGCAGCAGGCUGUCGUUCCGGUGUAUCUGGACCAGAUGAAGGUCGUCAUCAGCGGCGACUUCCAGAUGAAUGCAGACUUCAAUGCGCAGUUCGAUCAUAUAGCCGGUAGGAACAGCUGGACGAAGCCGAUUGGCCCCAACAAGGUGCUGAGUACGCUCACCAUCAUGGCAGGGGACGUGCCCAUCGUUGUAACCCCUAGCAUUCAGCUUAAGGCGCAGGCGAACGUCGCGGCUUCAGUGCGCGGUGGAGCGAGCUUUGGGGUGGACUAUCGUCAGCGUAUGCAGUUUGGGAAGGAAUUCCGGGCAGCUUGGGGGGAAUUCCGGCCGGUUCAGCCGGACGACUUUGCCCCGUUGAACUUCCACGAGGAGCCCAAGCUCUCUUUCCAGGGCGAAGCAACGGUCGAAGGACUGCUUAUCCCAGAAAUAACCCUAAAGCUUUACGACGCUUUACCGAUCAUUAUUGCCCCGAUGCCGUACCUCGGGGCGGACUUCCGGGCCAAUUCAGACAGUAAUGCGGCAGACUGCCCCUUCUCCUUUAGGACGUACGCCGGGUUCAACUUAUCCUUGGGCCUCAACAACUUAAACCAGAUUGCAUUCGUCUCUCUCCUUGUCAGCCGUUCGGUCCCUCCCUUCCGGACUGGCAACUCAUUCUACUUUUCGCUUGACCAACAUUUGUUUGCCCGCAAAUUGGAGAUCCCUAUCAGCGGAAAGAAGAUCAACGUCGGCGGGAGCAUCGUUCCGUUCCGCAAGCAGGUCAAGCUCAUUGGGAAGCACUUUCUUCCGUGCAAUUUCUGCUCGGGCUGCGUUCCUCUGCUGGGAGCCGAACCGGUGUAUAAGUGGGUUACCGGGGGCUGGGGCACAUGCACUUCGAGCGGCCUGUGGAAGCGCGACGUCACGUGCCAGGCCGACGGGCAGCCGGGUUUCGCAAUGGGCGACGCGCACUGCUCGAAGGCGGGCGCAAAACCGGCCACCACGGGCACGUGCACUGUCCCUGGGUGCCCCAGCACGUGCCGUUCGAGCUCCCUGGGAGACGGCACGUGCGAGGCAGCCUGCAACCUGCCGGAGUGCAACUUCGACGGCGGGGACUGCGCCUCUACCGACCCCUGCAAGGCCCUCAAAGACUGCCCGGUGUGCCUCACCGGGGGCGCCUCCUGCGGCUGGUGCGCGAGCAGUGGCACGUGCCUCAAAUCGCAGAGCGCCUGCAGCAGCGCUCUGCCGAGUGACUGGUGGACGAAUCGCUGCGCCCUGGAGGAGCAGCAGAUUGCCUUCACCCGCCCAACCUCCUUAAACACCCUCCGGGCAGGCCAGGGCUUCACCGUGCAGUGGUCGGGGGGUCCCCUCGGGGGCAACGUGGUCCUGCGCUACCGCUUCGACAAUAGCGCGGACGUCUUCUCGGGAUUCGGCAUCCCGCUCGCGAGCAUUCCCAACACGGGCUCGUUCUACUGGGCGAUUGACGGCGGCCUGCCGACGAGCAGAGCUUUCGAAUUAUUGCUGGCGUCCGAUGAGGAUUUGGGAAACUUUGCGUUCAGUGACUUCUUUGCGGUCUACGGCGGGCUGGACAUGAGUGGCUACGUCUGGACGACCGGGGACUUCGGGCCGUGCAGCAAGGAGUGCGGGGGCGGUGUGAGAACGCGCACUACAAGCUGCGUAAAUGCGCUCAACGGCACCACCGUUGACGCCAGCUUAUGCAACCCGGGCACGAGGCCCUCCGUGAGCGCGAGCUGCAACGCGCAGGCGUGCGUGCAGUGCCCCAACGUCCCGCUGUGUCAGUCGGGGAGCGGCUACUCUUGCUCCGCUUGCUCCUGUAAGUCGAACGGAGACGGAACGUUCUUCUGCGGAAUGGUUGCCACGAGUCUCCGGUAUGGAACCCAGACCACGUUCGGCUGCGACACGCGGGGCAACGGCUACCAAGAAUGCUGCAGGAAGCAAGGGCUCUACUGCGAUGACGGCUGCACAAACAAAGCGCAGUGGGUCGUGAUUUCCGAGAUGCCUUGCAGCGCUUCCUGCGGAGGCGGCACCCAGUGGCGCAAGUUCGCUUGUAAGGGUUACGUCAUGUGGAACGGACGGAGGGACGACCGGACGUGCGAGGACUUUUACUGCGGGCCGGAUCCUAGCACGAGCGUCACCAAUACGUAUUACGAAUGUAAUACGCAGCCGUGCAGGACGUAUGCCUGGCAGGUGGGCGAGUGGCAAAAGUGCACCCAGGACUGCGGGGGCGGGAGUCACGUGCGGGACCUCGCCUGCAAAGCGUCCGACGGCAGCUUUGCUGACGUGUCACUCUGCGACAGCGACGCGCGGCCGCCCACUCAGGAGGCCUGCAACGUGGACCCAUGCCUAAACGUAGAUCCGUUCAUUAGCCAACCAGCUUCGCUGGACGUGUGGACGGCGGGCCAAACGUACAAUGUCACGUGGACUGGGGGCAUCCAAUACGGGCGCGUCAAAUUGCGGAUGUCUCGGUCGGCUGCUUCACCGUCAACCGUCCAGCUGGCUUCCAUCGACCCGUUGGAUGACGGGCCCCAGAUCAGCGUUCCAAUCGAUGCGCUGCCCAAUAGCGGCAGCUUCACCGUUCAGAUUCCAAACAAGAUCCGCUCGGGACUGCUGUCUUUGCAGCUGCAAUCCAGCGACGCCAACGGGACAAAGACGGCCCUCACUACCGGUCCGGUUAUCAUCCGCGGUUUGGCUAACUACACGGUCCUCGUCACAACGGUUUCCCGCGCUGGGAGCUCUUCUACUUUGCCGUCCGCAACUUCCGUAACAGUUGUCGGCACCUUUGGCGCGUCCUUCCCCUUCCUGAUCGCUGCUGUUCCUUCCGGGCAGUCUUACUACGACCAGCGGCUCCAAAUACUGGACCUCGGGGCAAUCUUCCAGUGCGAAGUGACCGGGGCUCCCAACUGGGUCGGCUCGGUGCAAGUCCUCGCGCAGGGCUCUGAGUUAGCAAUCGCCCACUUUGGAUUCGACGCUCCUUCCCUUGGCCAGACGAUACUUCGCUCCGACUGCGCCCAGAUUCUUGACUGCCAUGCCUGUGCGGAAACCGCAGGCUGCGGUUGGUGUGACACCGAUUCUGCGUGUCGGCCUGGAGACGACCAGGGCCCGUACGUCGGUGUCUGCUCUCAGCCCACGGACGCAGCGAUGCUCCCGUACGCUUGGGCGACCGUCGCAGCCACGUGCCCUGACCCGUGCAGCCUCUCAAACGCCGCCACGUGUCGCGACUGCGCGCUCAGGGCCGGCUGCGGCUGCUUAUUGGCCCAGCAAUGCAACGAGAGCAGCACGUGCCCUGCCGCGCCCGGCCCGCGUGCGCGCGUCCCUGCGGCACAGAUCACGUUGACGUCCGAAACCUCGGUCCUCCUCGACGGGUCGCGCUCGUCCAAGUGUGCCACGUGUUUCGGAGUCGACUGCGGCCCCAAUGGAGAGUGCAUUACCACCGUCAAUGCCGCAGCCUGCCGCUGCAAGGCUGGUUACAGCGGGGCCCGGUGUGAACUGCCUCCAAGCCCCUGCCUUAACGUCUCGUCUCCCGGUCAGCUGUCCUGCGCCCCGAGCGGAAACUCAUUCGUCCUUCUGUGCGCCAACUCAUACGUCGGCAAAGAUUGCACGCCUGCUACCCCGGCUCCCACCCCGGGCCCAUCCCCGGGGCCCAGCUCAAGCCCACAGCCAAGCCCAAGUUCCACCCCGGGCCCUUCCCCGGGGGCCAGCUCAAACCCACAGCCGAGUCUAAGUGCCAGCCCGGUUCCAAGCACCAGCCCGGUUCCAAGCCCUAGCCCUGCCCCAAGCAGAAGCCCCAGCCCCAAAGCCUCGGUUUCUCCUAGCCCGAGCAAGAGCCCUUCACCGAGCCCUUCACGCAGCCCCUUCGUGUGCUCUUAUAAUUGCAACAACCGGGGCACGUGCCUGGCUAACAACAAGUGCUCGUGCCAGUUUGGCUGGGAGAGCUUCAACUGCAACUACAACAACCUCGGGUGGAACUGCUUCUGCGAGUGUCCCAACAGCGAGCGGGCUUGCUACAAUGCGCCCGGUUGCAAGUAUUGCAUUGAUAAUGAUUAUAAUGGUGGCUGCAUACCCCUUCGCGAGGACCGCGGGCAGUGCACGAGGGCCCGGAGGAAGCUCCUGGGGGCGGUCGGGGAUCCGCCCCGGGCAAGUUGCUAUGCAUGGGAGCAAGUGUCGGGGCCCGCCUCAGUGCUUUCGAAUGCGACCCUGCCGGCCGCGAGAGCGUCAGGCUUGGUAGCCGGCAACUACACGUUCAAGCUCUCUGUGACGGACAACUUCGGGCGCGUCGCAGAAACGGCCGUCCAAGUUUCGGUGCUCGGUAACAGUGCUACCGCCAGCCCUUCGCAGAGCCCAGUUCCAUCUCCUAGCCCGGUGGCUAGCUCUUCUGCUAGUCCCUCAAGCAGUCCCUCCCCAAGCCGAUUUUUAAGCCCCUCUAGCAGCCCGCUUCCUAGGCCCUCAAACAGUCCGGCUGCCAGCCCCUCAAGCAGCGCAACUCCGAGCUCUUCUAGCAGCCCCUUUGCGAGUGUCCCGAGCAACCCGUUUGCCAGCCCUUCCAGCAGCCCGUUUGCGAGUCCCCCGAGAAACCCGUUUGCCAGCUCCUCCGGUAGCCCGGUUGCUAGCCCUUCCAUCAGCCCGGUUAUUAGCCCUUCCAGCAGCCCGGUUGCUAGCCCUUCCAGCAGCCCGGUUGCCAGCCCAUCUCCCAGCACAAUUGCGAGCGCAUCCCCCGACCCAAUUGCGAGCCCUUCUAGCAGCCCCUACAUGCGUCCUUCCGAUAGCCCGUCAACAAGUGCAGGUCAAAGCGAAGGCCCUUCCCCGAGUCCGUCGCCAAGCCCAGUUGCUUCCUCUCCGCCCGGUAGUCCUUCCCCGAGUGCUUCUUCGAGCCCUCAACCGAGCCCUUCCUCAAGCGCUGCGCCUCAAACUUCCCCAAGCACUUCUCCUAGCCCGGUAGAAAGUCCGUCUCUCUCCCCGGUGCCAAGCCCGACGUCUAGCUCCGCCCCGAGCCCUUCCCCGAGCGCUUCUCCUAGCCCGGUAGAAAGCCCGUCUCUCUCCCCGGUGCCAAGCCCCUCUUCUUCUAGCUCAGUCUCAAGCCCUUCCCCGAGCCCCUCACCGAGCACUCCUUCGAGCCCGGUAGAGAGCCCCUCGCCAAGCCCGCGCGCCUCAGUGAGACCCAGCCGAAGCCCAAAGGCCAGCCCCUCCCCUUCUCCCUCUCCCUCUCAGUCGCCUUCCCCAAGCGCGGCCGCGGCUGUCGCAGCGUCGAUUAACGUCGGGGUUUCCUUAACCAGCCUCGAGGACGCGAACCUGAUCCAGAACGACGACAUCGCGCUCUCGCUUGCCGAAGCCAACGGGCUUGACCCGGGGUCUGUAGUCAUUAGCGGCAUAACCUUCGCCGUUAACCAUUCCUGCGUGUUGGGCAACGUGUCGCCCGACGAUUGGACCGACUGGGGCGGGAGAGAGGCGUUCAUCGAUGGGGUGUCGUACGCUCUAAAUGUCGAUCCUUCGUCCGUUUCCAUAGACGGCUUCUCGGAGAGCGGGAGGCGACGCGGGUUGCUUCAAACCCCAGGGUUGAGGGUUUUGUUCAGCAUCCUCUGUACAGACGGGUCUCAAGCGAAGGAAGUGGCGCAGGCCGUUGGAGAUGCGCUUCUAGCGGCAAAGUCAGCGCUGCCUUCGAGUCCUCCGCUUGGGCCUUCGCCCUCCAAGCGCCCACAGCCGCCGCCGCCGCCGCCGCAAACUCCUCCCCCGGAACCACCCUUUUUUGACCCCCCGUUAGAGAGCUUCGCAAACCCGCCCCCGGCCCCGCCGCCACCGCCGCCCCCCGCACCUCCCCUUCCGGUCAAAAAGGGUGGCUGCUUUCCCGCUGACGCUUUUGUGACGUUAGCGGACGGCGGCUGGAAAAGAAUGGCGGACGUCCAUUUGGGCGAUCCCGUUCUUGUCUUUGACCCGAGCUCUGGCGAGCUGUUUGUACAGCCCGUGUACUGGUUCACGCACCACCUGAACCAAACGGCCACUUACGUCUCCCUCGAAGCCGACGCGGGUGUAAGCAUCAGCGGUACUCCGAACCAUUACAUCCUGGUCUCGGACCCUCGAUCUACCCUCUCAAUUCAGCAAGCGACCAUCAAGCCCUUCGCAGACGUAAAACCUGGCGACGUUAUCUGGACGUCCAAAGGCCCCGGAAGGCAAACCUCGCUCGCGCCCAGCACGGUCGUCAGCGUGACGUCAUCCGUCCUGCCGGGUUGUACAGCCCCAAAACUGACGCUGGCUGCGGCCGGGGUAAUCACCCGGGCGGUUUUGAGGGGCAGAAGUGGCCUUGGGAGGAAGCGGGUAAAGAUGGCGCUGUCGAAAGGCACCAGCAAGAAGCAUUCACGAACCGGACAGCAAGGAGCUAUAAGGAAGGAGGGGAAAGAAGACCGAAGUCCAGGAGCGUACGCCCUCCGAACGUUCUGUCUUGACAUGCAAAAGAGCAGGAGGAGGAGAUUCGGCCUCCCGGGAGUAACCAGCUUCCAAAACUACAAGGAUGCUGACUAUAUCGGUAAUUACGAAAUGGCACUCGACGGGCUUCAAGAGUGUACAUCAGACAGAGUCGGUUAUUACCAGCCCUCUGCAGACGCGUGCGCUAACCUGUGCCUUUCUUUCAGCUCGUGUAUUGGCUUCUCGUUCUGGACGUCCAACUAUUGGCCGGACUUGUGUUGCUCCUUGCAACAAGCCCCUUCCCAUGGGCUGAUGCGCUCGUUGGGUACCAACUAUUACCUCAGACUUGCUGCUGUACUUGUACCUGAGGCUGUUUCUCCUUCUUCGCAGCAUCUCCGUCUCCCUCUCAGUCACAACUUCUUCCCCGUCGCCCUCUCCCUCGAGCUCGCCUUUUCCUUCCUCCUCACCAAGUCCAGCAAGCUCUCCGUCCCCAUCGCUGACGCCUUCUCCUUCUUCGAUCCCAAGCCCAUCUUCCUCUCGAUCAGUCUCUCCUUCGCCUUCGAUCUCCGUAUCUCCGUCCUCAUCCGUCAAUCCCUCUCCAUCCAUGUCCUUAUCUCCGUCACCUUCGAUAAGCCCCUCCCCCUACCCCUCCCUUUCGCCCUCGCCUUCUUUCUCGGCAAGUCCGUCAAGGUCUGCAUCUCCUUCCUCGACUCCCUUCCCCUCACCUUCUCCUAUGACAAGCCGAUCUCCAGCUCAGUCGAUACCUCCAUCGCCAUCAGUCUCAGUAUCUCCCUCCCCUUCUUCGUUAACGAGCCCCUCUCCAUCGAUGACCUCGUCUCCGUCUGCUUCUCUCAGCCCCUCAGCUUUGCAGAGCCUCUCGCCGUCCCCUUCAACAUCCGCAUCACCAUCGCCCUCAGGUUCCCAACCACCGGCCCAAAGCUUGGCCCCUAG